AUCGUCGCUAAGCGAUGUAAUUACUUAAUCACGGUAAAUUCCAUAUACUGUGAAGCGUGCUUAAACGCUAGUAAGUCUUAAAGUUUCUUAUCUUGUUCUGUAUGCCUUCCUGUCAUGUCGUCAGAAAGCUUUCGGUCGCUGUCGUUAAACCGAAACUGCCUUUCUUUUCUGGCAAUCAAAUGCUGCGAUAUUGCUUUAAAAUGCGUCUGCGAAUUUUUAAAAUUGUUCCUGACAUUAAUACAGUUCGCAAACUCAGACUAAGUUCCAACUUCCAGAGUGCUUUUGUGACUUGCUGGCUAGCGCAUGUUCUUCGAAGCGAGAAAAACAAAAACAGUCGCUCGUACGGGCGCUCCAAAUUUUAGCAAGCUAGAUUCCAUCGGUCAUGGACAGGACAAAACUUUUCAAGGAAAUUUGCGGACUCUUAGUGCUACAACGCGGCAAAGACUGCAGCAGCGAAAGUACUCUCACUGGCGCUCCUGUAAAGCGGUCGUCCCAGGCUUACAAAAUCCUGAGCAGCAUCACGACGAUGAAGGACUUCCUCUUAUCCCGCCGUCGCGAUUAUCUUCUCUGCGCGCUGUCGCCGGAGUCACGCUGCGUCACGGUGGACUGGGAGCGCAGGCGCACGGACCAAAUGGUGGAGCAGUUCGCUCGGAACGUGCGAGCAGCGAUUGACGCCUUGUCCUCCCAGCAAAGUGGUGACGGCCUGCGAAGUCUUCAGGUAUGCGAGCAUCGCAGUAGCAUACGAUCGCUGCUUCUGGAUUACCUGUCGGCGACGUGCCACAUCUACGCCGAGAUGAAGGCCGUUUACGUCAAGCGCGUGUGCGACCGGCAUCGGUGGAGCAGGCUGAGCUCGCCGUACCGCCGCCUGGGUCAGAGCAACGCCAGCGGCUCGUCGGGUUUUGUACCGGCACCGUUGCUCAAGGGCCUGCGACAGCUGCACCGCUUGUCGAGCGUAGCCUCCAAGAUGGUGACCGUGGGCAGCUGGUUCCAGGCGUCGGAGGAGAGCGAGAGUCCACGAGAUUCGACGGCACAGCUGGAUUUGAGUUUAACGUACGAAGAGCGUUUGCAGUUCGAGGAGGAGAGCAAGAUCCUCAUCGACCGGCUAAACUGCCCGCGAGAAAUCGUGCGUCACAUCGAGUCGCAGGUGAUCGACAUUGCCUGCCUGCAGAGGGUUCUCACAGGCCACAUUCUGGAACAGGAAGAUAACAUCGAGAGGGUGGCCACGGCAACCCAACUCGCCAGUGCGAAUGUGACAGCUGCCACGAGGGCGCUGGAAGACAGUGUUGUGCAUCGAACUUCUUUUGGCUGUUGUGCUGCGGUACUCAUAUUUUGGCUCUCACUGCUCUUGCUUUUCCUUCAUUGGUUGACACCGUAAUCUGUUGCCUGCAAAAUGGAAGGUAGGGUGUGUGUAUAUCUUCCAGUGACAAAAUCGCUGAAACAAUGUGGCAAUAGGAAUUUGCAAAAAUAUUUAGAAAUGGAAUGCAUUUUGUUUGCACAGCACAAUACAGAAAAACAAAUAGUGUGGAGACGAAACCGAUAA